ACGCACAAUUUAUAAUUACCAAGUAUAAAUGAGUGAAUUAGCCUUCUCUGUGUUGCAUUGAGCAUGUCAUUACAAAAUUAUGUAUUUCAUUUUGGACUUCAAUCUUCAAAUUUAAUGUUCUAAAACAAAGGUAAGUUUUUUAGGCUGGACUGGACUGACUUUCUAAAACUAAAAAGCAAUGGCAAUCGUACUACCCGCCGGCUGGGCACGAGUCCGGGCAUCAUCGCCGCCACAUACCGGUGGUCUCCGCCGAAUCACCACCACUGCAACUCUCUCAUCACGACCUCCUCGCGGCGCCAUAAAUGUGGAGACUAUCAAGGAAACUUCAAGCUUCUUUCAACAAGAUUCCAGGCCUAUCAUGCUUUUUGACGGUGUAUGUAACUUAUGUAAUGGAGGAGUCAAGUUUGUCCGGGAUAACGAUCGACAAAGGAAAAUAAGGUUUGAGGCUCUACAGAGUGAAGCAGGAAAGAAACUGUUACAGAGAUCCGGAAGAUCUCCUGAUGAUAUUUCAAGUGUUGUCCUUGUCGAAGAAAAUAGGGCAUACAUAAAAUCGGAAGCAGUAUUGAAGAUUAUGGAAUAUAUAGAUUUGCCCUUUCCUCAGUUAGCUUUUUUCUUACAAUUUGUGCCCCUGUUUGUGCGGGAUUUUGUAUAUGAAAACAUCGCAGACAACCGUUAUGCAUUUUUUGGACGCUCAGAUUCAUGUGAAAUAUAAAAAAAAACCUAGUACAUGUGGGCACCAAUACUUAUAAACUGUCAGUCAAGGCGGUGAACUAAGAGAUGCUGAUACUCUCCAGUGUAAAUAUAUUAUAUAAUUUUUUAGAGAUGCAAGCCUUGGUACAUUUCUUUGGAAGCUUAUAUGUAAAUAGGUAGCAGAAUAUUACCUAUACUGCUACAGCCAGAGUUUAAAAAGCCUGGCAUGUUAAUUUACUUGAUAUUAUGUAGGUUGACAUGAUCCGGUAUGUAAUGUUUUGGUUACAGUUCAUGUAACAUGAAUCCAUAAUUAUAUGUUAACUGGAUGUUAGGCGGGUGUAUCAACA